UUCCCUUUUUUCUCCAGCGAUUUGUUCUUUUAACCAAAAACCAAACACCAACAUGAAGAAGAAGAUGUGAUCGAACACACACACACACACAAAGUUUUUUUUUUUAUAAAAAGAUUGAUGUUAUGGCCCAUUUAUCAUCAUCAUUAUUAUUACUAUUUCUUUUACUUUUUUUCUCUUUAAAUUUGCUCCAAACUGCCAUUGCCAGAGGCGGUCAACGUCUCCAUUCAGGUUUUGUGGAUGAAAGAUAUGCUGCGUCAGGAAGACAUUUGUCUGAAGAAACUGAAGAAAACCACUUCCAGAAACUAAAUACUUUAGCACAUGGGUAUAUGACUAAUUCUGAUAUUGAGAAGGCUAUCAAGGCAUUCCAUGGUAGAUGUGGUCGCAUAUCCAGGGUAUACAGUAUCGGGAAGAGUGUCUUAGGAGUUCCAUUGUGGGCAAUGGAAAUCUCCAACAAUCCCGGGAAGGAAGAGGCUAAACCUGCUUUCAAGUUUAUAGGUAAUGUGCAUGGAGAUGAACCUGUAGGCCGUGAACUUCUUUUACUUCUAGCAAAUUGGCUGUGUGACAAUUACAUGAAAGAUCCCUUGGCAACACUAAUUGUUGAUAAUGUGCAUCUUCACAUCCUCCCGUCAAUGAAUCCAGAUGGGUUCUCUCUGAGAAGACGUGGAAAUGCAAAUAAUGUUGAUCUCAAUCGUGAUUUUCCAGAUCAGUUCUUUCCAAUGAAUAAUGAUCUCGACGAACGACAACCCGAGACAAAAGCGAUCAUGAGAUGGAUAAGAAGUAUACGUUUCACGGCUUCUGCAAGCCUUCAUGGGGGAGCCCUUGUUGCUAAUUAUCCAUGGGAUGGGACCGAAGAUAAAAGCAAAAGUUACUAUGCAUGUCCUGAUGAUGAAGCUUUUAGAUAUAUGGCAAAGUUGUAUAGUGGCUCUCACAUUAACAUGUCUCACAGCAACGAAUUUGAAGCAGGAAUCACAAAUGGUGCUCAUUGGUAUCCCAUAUAUGGUGGCAUGCAAGACUGGAACUAUAUUUAUGGUGGAUGUUUUGAACUGACAUUGGAGAUCAGUGACAACAAAUGGCCUCCUGCUAAUGAGCUUCGUUCGAUAUGGCAAUUCAACAAAAAGAGUAUGCUUAAUCUUGUUGCCAGCCUUGUGAAGUCAGGAAUACAUGGAAGGAUCUUUUCAUCAGAUUGUGGAGAGCCUUUGUCUGCAUCCAUUGCAAUAAAGGGUAUUAAUUACACGAUCAAAGCAAGGGAAAGCUUAGCUGACUAUCAUCGGUUAUUGGCCCCUGGACACCAGUAUGAAGUUGUGGCGACAAUGCCUGGUUAUAAGACACGAAGCACGACUAUCCUAAUGCGGGAAGAAGCAAUGAUGGUAGAUUUCAUACUCGAACCAGACGUUACCCAGGCCGAUAGUUUUUUACCAAGUCGCUGCAGCAGCAGGAACUAUUUUCAUAUAAUGGAUGUUAUAUCAAAGCCUCAAUUGCAGAUAUCCCUAACUUUACUUUUAGUUUUGGCUUUUCUCUAUUUCUUAAUGAAGAGAAAAGCCAUCGUCAACCAUUUCAAAGCACGAAGGGCCAAAGGACAAAGACGAGGGUCUGCAGUAUAAAGUUUGUUCUAUUGAACCACCUUGUAACUGUAAGAACUAUAAAGGUGUACAUUUUGUUUCUCUUUAUACACACUUUGAUGGUUGUCUGAAACUUUUAACACACAUGUGAUAGAAUCUAAAGGACCAUGAUAUAGCUUGAAAAAGAGAGACAUGAACAUAUAAUUCGUUGUAGUAACCUAAAGAUUAUCAGUGAUAGUAUAGAUUUAUUUAUAUGAUUUUUAUA